AUGCGUUUUAUGGAAGUGUGCAAAGUUAAGGAUUCAGAUUUCGUUUACAUCAUGAAGUACGCGACUUUACUGGGCGAGUACUACAUGCAAUUGGAAGACGAUGUUGAAGCUGCUGAUAGUGACACUAAAGCAGCAGUUGAGCUUAGGUACAAAUACCCAGCUGUUUCAAACUACAUCAAUAGAACCAGGCAACUAGUGAACCAGCACUCGAAUCCAACUCGGCUACACCAAGAUCGUAGGCAUAUGGUUUACGAACGCUACCGAAGGAAGCUACAUGUCGAUCAAAUUCACGACGUCUCUCAAAGUAACAGCGCUGCUAAAACCACAUACACUCAAGAGUUUUUGAGUUUUCGUAAAAGCCUGGCCCCUAUGCGAGACGCCUCAGAAGGUGUAAUGUUUCUUAGCGGCGUUCCUCCUGCUGUUCUGGACAAGUUCGGACCAGAAACAGAAGUAUACGCUGUCGAAAAGGGAAAAAGAACGUUCUUGGGAAGGUUUUCAACUGAUGGUGACUUCCUCUAUCGUUCGGAAGGAGUUUCCAUGGAAGAACUACGAUUGGAAGUAACCAAAUCGCUUUCACGCUGGGUGAUUCUUGAUCACAUACGGGUCGAUACACAUGAAAAUUGUGUAGGGUAA